UUGCGCAAAGAUUACACAACCAUGAAACUCUCCAUCUUCUUCCUCCAAAUCUCACUCCUCUCGACCACCCUUCUUUAUCUUCAACCAACCAAAGCUCUUCCUCUAUCAACAAAUGGCCGAUGGAUUGUCGACGAGUCAGGACGACGAGUAAAGCUUGCGUGCAUAAAUUGGGUGUCACAUUUGGAGCCCAUAACGGCUGAGGGGCUUGGAAAGCAACCUUUGGAUACUAUGUUGAAAAGUAUUGCUUCUAUGGGGUUUAAUUGUGUUAGGUUCACUUGGCCGCUGUUUCUUGUUACUGAUGAGUCUUUGGCGUCGAUGACUGUUCGUCAAUCUUUUCAAGGUCUUGGACUCAAUGAGUCUAUUGGAGGUAUUAAAGUGAAUAAUCCUGGGAUACUUGAUCUUCCGCUUAUUGAAGCAUAUAAGGCUAUUGUAGAAAACCUAGCUGAAAACAACAUCAUGGUGAUCUUAGACAAUCAUAUAAGCAAGCCAGGAUGGUGUUGUAGCAACUCCGAUGGCAAUGGCUUCUUUGGAGAUAAGUAUUUUGACCCAGAUUUAUGGAUCAAGGGGCUGAAUCAAAUGGCAACAAUGUUCAACGAAUCCACUAAUGUUAUUGGAAUGAGCCUAAGAAAUGAGCUGAGAGGGCCCAAGCAAAAUGUCACUAGUUGGUACAGAUACAUGCAACAGGGUGCAGAAGCAGUUCACUCCAUGAAUCCUAAUGUUCUCGUUAUAAUAUCUGGAUUGAGCUUUGACAAUGAUUUGAGCUACCUCUCAAAUAAGCAAGUAGAUUUAACUUUCACUAAAAAAUUAGUAUUCGAAUUUCAUUGGUAUGGCUUCUCUGAUGGUCAAGCCUGGGCCAAUGGUAACCCAAACCAAGUUUGUGGUCAGGUGAAGGCCAGUGUUAUGAGAAGAGCUGGUUUCCUAUUAGACCAAGGAUACCCAUUGUUCUUAAGUGAGUUUGGCGUCGACCAAAGAGGACUUAAUGUUAAUGAUAACCGAUACUUAGGGUGCAUUCUUGGGGUUGCAGCUGAUCUUGAUUUGGAUUGGGCACUUUGGACAUUGCAAGGCAGUUACUAUCUUAGACAGGGGGUUCUUGGUUUAGAUGAAGUGUAUGGGGUUUUAGCUUGGGAUUGGUGUAAGCCACGAAAUUCUACCUUUUUACAAAGGAUUUCAACUCUCCAAUCUCCAUUCAGAGGUCCCGGUCUUUCAGAUGUUCCACCUUAUAUUAUACUAUUCCAUCCACUAACGGGGAUGUGUGUGACUACGAAAACUUUGCUUGAACCAUUACGAUUAGGACCCUGUGAUGAAUCAGAAGCCUGGACCUAUUCAGAUCAGCACAUUUUGUCACUAAAGGGUACGUUAACGUGUCUAAAAGCAGAUGCUAAAGGUCAGAACGCAAAGCUCGGGAUUAUCUGUGAUGAUUCUACUUCUAAGUGGGAUUUGGUAUCGGACUCUAAGAUGCAUAUCGCUACCAAGCUAACAAAUAAUAGCAGCAGUAUUUGCUUGGAUAUUGCCUCUGAUGGCACUACUAUUAUAACAAAUGCUUGCAAGUGCCUUAACAAAGAUAAAGCUUGUGAUCCUCAGAGCCAGUGGUUCAAGAUGGUUACUAGUACUCGAAAUGUCGUAAAGAAGAAUUCACUAAGUAAAGCGAUUAGUGAUGAAGGAAUGUGGACGGCACAGUAAAACAUAUAGCUGGUGUCUAAUCUACAAGUCAUGAUCUGUAUUCAUUUGGUUCAUAUCAUUUAUAGCAAAUUAGCAUAGAUGGGUAUAGGACUAUUCAUGUAAAAUGCAUUCUUUGUAUGAAACAUGAACUAAGAUGUAAUGUUAUAAAAAAAUGAAUUGAGAUGUAAUAAAUGCAAAAGCUUGAAGCUUGAAGAAAUUCUA